UUGGCAUAGCACUGGCUACUAUUGGCCCUGACCUGCAGAUACCCGCCGCCGGCUCCACAUGUCGUUCGUUGUCGUCAUCGAUCAAUGGCACUGCUUCUAAGAUAUGCCCAUGAACAUCAAGAAACAUACACAAACCUCGUAGCCACAUUGAUUACUCAAGUCCCAUCCUUGUACCCAUCCUAGCAUUCUGGCUAUCAUCUUUACAUGAUCUUCCGCAUUAGUCCCCAUCUCCUAUCCCCACGCAAAUCGCCCUCCAUAAUGCCAGUCACAACCAUAUCCGCAGAGACCCAUGCAAAGUCCUCCUUUGCUCACAAACCCAAUCCACACCACACCAAUCUCUCGUCUCAGCACGACACGGAGCAGACCAACACCUCGACUCCCCACGAGCGCAACCCAGACCACAUUCCCCAUACCAACCAAACCGAGGAUUCAUACGUCCUCACCUUACACACCUCGCAGAAGCACCACUCCACCAUGACUUCACUCCGCAAAACCUACUUCCCCCCACGCAUCAACAAGCUCGGCGCUCACAUCGCGCUCUUCCGCGCAAUCCCCGGCUCCCAUCUCCCCACGAUCAAGUCUGACAUCCGCUCCCUCACUGCCCAUACCAGCUCUUUCCCCAUCCGUGCCGACGCCCCAUUCCGAUUAUCACACGGCAUCGCGAUCGGAGUAAGCGACGGCGGUCCCGAAUCCAAACGGAUCCACGCCGAACUGCGAGACCGAUGGUAUGACGUCCUGAGUAACCAGGAUCGAGGCGGGUUCAGGGCGCAUUACACGAUCAUGAACAAAGUCGACGACGAACAGGCCGUUCGCCAGGCGUGGGACGAGCUAUCGGGCGCCUUCAAGGGCAGCGACGGUGUGGUUGAGGGACUCGCGUUGUGGCGGUAUGAGAAGGGGUGGUGGAAGGACCGCGAGGUAUUUCGGUUUGCGCAUUGAGGCGACGCGUAUAUACAAUAUACGUAUCCGAAGCAUUCUUCACACUUGACUCUGGCGAGCAGUUGGUUGGAGCUCUGAUCGAAGGGAGCCAAUCAAUGACACUCAAUGCGUCCCGGUCAGCUGAAAACGGCAAUUAUAUGCCAUCGUCGAAAACAGGGCGAUCGGACAGCAUGGCCCGUGUCUGGAAAGAGUGGAGCCUUGACGGAUCACAGUGAUUGGCUGCC